AUGGGAAAAUUUCUACAUCGUGAAUUUCAAAAUGAAAACCUUAGUGCGCAAAUCGAAAUUACAGAGACUCCCACAGAUGCUUCUCUUUUGAGUUCAGAGGAUGGAAAAAGUUUGUCAAAAGACUGA